AUGAAGUUCACAAUGGUCUUUAUUGGACUCCUUGGACUCUUCCUAGCUCCCGGCCUGGCUUAUAAUAUCAACGUCAAUGAUGACAACAAUGUUGCUGGAAGUGGGCAGCAGACAGUGAGUGUCAACAAUGCACACAACGUGGCAAAUGUUGACAACAACAAUGGAUGGGACUCCUGGAACACCAUCUGGGAUUAUGGCAAUAGCUUUGCUGCGACCAGACUCUUUGCCAAGAAGUCAUGCAUUGUGCACAAAAUGAACAAGGAUGUCAUGCCCUCUAUUGAAAUUCUUGAUGCACUGGUCAAGGAGAAAAAGCUUCAAGGUAAAGGGUCAGGGGAACAGUCUACCAAGUCCCUGAUAUUCUCCGUCAACUCUAAUAGCAUUGAUGACCUGAGCCAGUUUGGAACAAACAUUGCUAGCAUGUGCAAGGGGCUUCCAACAUACUUGGCUGUGGAGGUUCCAGGAGUAAACCUGCCUUUUUACUCAGAAAACUGCUACAGUGCUAAUAUACUCUGGAUUCUGAACAUUUCCUUCUGUAGAACAUCAGUGGAAAAUUAG